AUGGUUCGACAGCUUUGGUUAUGGGAGCUCCAUGACGGUACCAUCCUCACUGCAAUCCCGUCUCGAGAUGGCAAGUGCAUGGCAGAUGACUUGUUGGAAACUAUCCAGAACAGCGAAUUGGGAGACAUUUUUACCUCUGACGACCUCAUGAAACACAUUGUGCAACAAACAGUUACAUUUACAGAGAAGUUUCGAGUGGCUGGACUUGGUGAACACAUCCUUGAUAUCUUCGAGAACGAACUCGCUUCAGAGAUCGACCGAGAAGCUGGUUUCUUUAACAGCUUCACUCGAAAGGAUUGGAACUCCAGAUAUGUGAACAACGCCAUUAGUGAAGCAGCAGGCUGUACAUGGCGAGUUAAAGAUAUUCGUGGAGAACUUCGCCUCAUCGACAAAGUCUUUACGCAGCAGUUGGAUGUUCUUAAAGAAUUCGCGCCGGUUAUUGGGGCUGAAGUGGGCAUGUCUCCUGAGUUGAUCAAAGAGCAAGAAGCUACUCUUAUUCGAGACUCUGGGUUGGAAGCCCUGAGGGAACGAAUUAAGCGUAUGGAUGAAGAUGCCGCCACGACAAUCGACGGGCUGAGCAACAUCACCCAGGCAAUGCUAGCCCAAGCAUCACUCAAAGAAGCCGAAUCAGCACGACUCAUGAAUCUUAUUAUCCUUCCAUUUACUGUUGUAACUGUCAUUUUUACACCCCUGUCAUUCAUGACUAGUCUCUUCGCUGUAAACUCAGAUGGCUUCCCACACAACAAUGAUGGCGAACUUCGGAUACCUUCAGAUUGGCUUCGUAACAAGAUGAUUAUUGGUGAAAUCGGAACAUUGGUUCCUCUUCUCAUCCUCGUCGUGUCUAUCUCGUAUUUGAGGACUGGCAGGAAAAAUGUUCCGAAGCAAUAG